CAUAUCCACUCAAUUUAGCGGUGGCUAUAAACCAUGUUAAAGGCAUUAAGUUCACAAUUAAAAAGCCAAUUAAGUCUCCAACCUAUUUUCGUGUUCAUUGACCUUUAGGAUUAGUUAAUAAUGUUUGAUUUUUAUCUACACAUUAAAUAAGCUUUUGAGGUUUCGCUUCAUUUUGUUCGACUUUUUUUUCAUCAAUUGACUUGUUUUCCAUUAUCGGGGGAUUGACAUUUUUAGUGCUUGUGGUGGCUUAAUAACGAAGGAAAAUCUGUAAAAGUAUAAAUAUAAAAACAUCACAUCAGAGGCAUUAAGUUUCGUAAACAUGUUAUAAUAUGUGCAAAAAUGCAAUAUGAAUUUAAAAAAUACCGCAAAAAGAAAAAUUAAAACUAAAGUAACUAUAAAAUGAGGCUAACUAACCACCAUCGUCAAACAAAAAAGCCAAUUGUUGAACGCCCAACAAUUGGGCUCAUAAACUACGCCUACUAUUUAUAGCUAACAUCUUAGAGAUGUUUUGUAAAUUAAUUGGCUGUUUAUUCGAAAAAAAUGGGUCUAUAAGUUAAAAACCAACAAAAAUAUCUAAUACUAAUAGCUUUUCAACAACUAUUUACCAAAUAACAUUUUUGACUAUUUGACCAAUCAACGAGCCAAAAACCAACUAAAAAACAAAUGUAAAAGCCAACCUCAACGUCCCUAGAAUUCAUUUGGAAUUACUCUUUUAGCCACUUCAUUUUCUUUUGCCUACUUCAAAUAAUCCUCAUCCUCGUUAACAAUUCCUUUUUUUUUUCUUUCUUUUCCCCGCCAUUUCUUCGCUCCAUUGUCGCGGGCCUUCAUCAACACUUCAUCGCCAGACGCCCGGACAGCAGUCGCCAUAAGCAGAGAAUGGGAGUUCGUCGUUGUCUUGAAGCUUGGAAGAUGGGCACUGUUAACUACUUGAAUGCACUCAAGCUUCAGGAGAAGUUGGUAUCCGAUAGAAAAGGUCAAAAGAUAACAGAUACUCUUCUUUGUUUGCAAUAUCCUCCUACAUAUACGCUAGGAAAACGUAAAACUGACCAUAGUUUGUUAGUUCCCGAGACUGAGUUGAAAAAUAUGGGAGCUGAGCUUCACUACACCCAAAGGGGAGGGGACAUCACAUAUCAUGGUCCACAUCAGGCCAUAUUGUAUCCCAUAGUAUCUUUACGUGAUAUUGGAGUUGGUGCUCGAAGUUAUGUGGAAAAACUUGAACAAACAAUGAUUGACCUUGCAUCUAUUUAUUGUGUGCAAGCCCGCCCCGGAGAAAAAGGUGAAACUGGGGUAUGGGUUGGAGAUAGAAAGAUCGGUGCUAUUGGUGUUCGCAUUCAAUCUGGGAUCACAUCUCAUGGUUUGGCAUUCAACAUUGAUCCCGAUAUGGAUUACUAUAAGCAUAUUGUCCCUUGCGGUAUCUCAGAUAAAGAGGUCACAUCUUUGAGAAGGGAGACAAAUUUGGAACUUCCUACUGAAGAAGUGAUUCAGAAUCAGUUAAUACAUUGUUUUGCUGAACAGUUCGGGUUUAGUCUCGUUUUGUUAGACAAAACUGAACGCAAUUUUGAAUGAGUUUUGUAUUUUCCCAUUAUAUCGAUUUGAA